AUGUCGUUCAAGAAGGAUGAAGAGUCUGGCGUGACGGCAAUCCGCCAGGACAAGACUGUGGUCAUCCAGGAAGCGCGUGCCUUCCACGACAGCAACAUCAGCCCUCGGAAAUGCAGGGUGUUGAUCACCAAAAUUCUCUACUUGCUAUACAUGGGCGAGAAGCUCAGCCGGCAGGAGGCCACCUCGCUCUUUUUUGGCGCCACGAAACUGUUCCAGAACAAGGAUGCGGCGAUGCGCCAGAUCGUGUACCUGGUAAUCAAGGAGCUCAGCCCCUACGCCGACGAUGUGAUUAUGGUCACGGCUUCCAUCAUGAAGGAUAUGCAGCCGAAUACCGAGGUCAUUUACCGUCCCAAUGCCAUUCGUGCGCUCACGCGCAUCGUCGAUCCCAGCAUGGUACAGGGUCUGGAGCGCUACCUCAAGUCCGCGAUUGUGGACCGCAAUCCUUCCGUCGCAUGCGCCGCCAUUGUGUCUUCUUACCACUUGUACAUCUGCGCGCGCGAAGUGGUGCGGCGGUGGGGCAAUGAGGUUACAGAGGCGAUUCAUAUGCGCCCCGCCGCCAGCAGCGCGGCGAGCAGCUUUGGGCUCAACUUGCCCGGGCCCCUCCUCAGCCUGCGUUUCGGCGGCGACAAUGCGCCGAGCGACGUAGACCAGACUACACUCCCGAGCAUGAGCUACAUUGUGCAGUACCACGCACUCGGCCUGCUCUACCUUUCACGCCAGAACGACCGCAUGGCAGUCACCAAGCUGGUCCAGCAGCUCGGUGGCUCGAAGGGCUCGUCGCAGAGCAUCGCGCUGCGCAAUCCAUUCGCCCUUUGCAUGCUUGUCCGCUAUGCAGCCAAAAUUGCCGAGGAGGAUGCCAACAUGCGCCCCCUCAUGGUCGAGCUCCUCGAAGGCUGGCUGCGCCAUAAGAGCGACAUGGUCAACUACGAGGCUGCGCGCGCGCUGUGCGCUAUGAACAUUUCUACCGAGCAGCAAGCACGCGCUAUUACCGUGCUGCAAAUGUUCCUCUCCUCGCCGCGCUCCACGCUCAAGUUUGCCGCCGUGCGCACGCUUGCCGAGCUUGCACAGACGCGCCCUGCAUCGGUCCAAGCGUGCAACGUCGACAUGGAAAAUUUGAUUACCGACGCCAACCGCGGCGUGGCGACGUAUGCCAUUGCUACCUUGCUGAAAACCGGCAACGAGUCGAGCGUGGAUCGGCUCAUUAAGCAGAUCAGCGGGUUCAUGUCCGAAAUCAGCGACGAGUUCAAGGUCAUCGUCGUGGAUGCCAUUCGCAGCUUGUCGUUCAAGUUCCCUUCGAAGCAGUCUGCCAUGCUCUCGUUCCUCUCUGGUGUUUUGCGCGACGAGGGCGGCUACGAAUUCAAGCGCGCCGUUGUCGAGGCCAUCUUUUCCAUGGCCAAGUUUGUGAAAGGCAGCAAAGAGGUCGCGCUCGGCCACCUGUGCGAGUUUAUCGAAGACUGCGAGUUUACCAGGCUCAACGUCCGCAUUCUGCAUCUCCUUGGUCUCGAAGGGCCCAAAAUGCCCGAGCCGCACAAGUACAUCCGCUUUAUUUACAACCGCGUCAUUCUCGAGAAUGCCAUUGUGCGCGCGGCUGCCGUCAGUAGCCUGUCCAAGUUUGGCUCGCAGAAUGCACAGCUCACCGAAAGGAUCCGCGUGCUGCUCCAGCGGUGCUUGGAGGACGUCGACGACGAGGUGCGCGAUCGCGCUGUGCUCUCGCUCCGCCUGCUCGACCCCACAAUCCUCCACGCCACGCUCGUGGAGGAUGCGAGCGUGCCCGACUUGGCCGUGCUCGAGCAGAACCUUGCCUUGUACACUCAAAGCGAUACUACACAGCCGUUUGAUUAUGCAAGCGUGCCGCGGAUAAGCCCUGCCGAUGCUGCAAGACAGGCGGCGGAGGCAGGCAAGCGCGAUUCCUUCGCGGUCACUGGCAUGGCGAGCAAUGCACUCGCCGAAACGGAUGCCAUUCCGCCCACACCGUCCGAGCACCCAGCACUCGACUUAUACGCAAGCUACGCUACGCAACUGGCGGGCAUUACCGAGUUUGCGUCGUAUGGUACGCUGCUUGCCAGUGCACCGAUCCUAGCGCCCGCGCCGCUGACCGAGAGCGAAACAGAGUACGUGGUGACCGCUGUGAAGCACGUCUUUUCCGAGCACAUUGUGCUCCAAUACAAUAUCACCAACACUUUGCCAGAGAUUGUUUUGGAGGAUGUGGUGGUGGUGCUUGGCGGCACCAUGGAAGCUGGCCUGGAAGAAGAGUUUAUCUUGCCGAUUACCAGCCUCAGCGCGGCGUCGCCAAGUGGCGCUGUGUAUGUGUCGCUGAAACGCGACGCUCUUUUGCCAUUCCCACUCGCCACGCUCAAAAAUACGUUGCAGUUCGUUUCCAAGGAAGUGGAUCCCACCAGCGGCGAGCCGGAAGAGGAGGGCUACCAGGACGAAUACCAAACGGAGGAGCUCGAUUUGAGCACUGCGGACUACAUGCGGCCCACCGAGGUCGAUUUCCAGGCUGUAUGGGACGAGUAUGCACCGGCUGCCAGUGCAAGCGAGACGUUUGCAUUGACGGCCCUCGAGAGCCUCGAUGCGUCGUGCUCGACACUGGUAGAGCUGCUUGGAAUGCAGGCUUUGGGCGGCACCGAAACGCCGUCGAACCCAAGCGUGCAUACGAUGAUGCUUGCUGGACGUCUUGCGCGUGUGACUGGCUUGGAAACGGUCGUUGCGCGUGUGCGGAUGAUGUACGAGCCGUCAGACGGCGUCACGAUGCAGCUUUCGGUGCGUGCGCCUAGCGAGGAGUCGUGUCUGUUUGUCCUUUCUGCCAUCGCAUAG